GUCGCGUCGCGGGUAAGAUGGCGGCGCGCGGACGGUGAGCGAUGGGUCCGUUGGCUCCGGGCCUGCGGCGCCUCCUGCUCCUGGGGCCGGGGCCGGAACUGGGGCUGGGCACGGCCCCACGCUGCAGCGGGAGCUCGAGCAGCGGCGAGGCGCCGCGCCGCACGCUGUACGAGGUGCUGGGCGUCCCGCCCACCGCCACGCCGGCCCAGAUCAAGGCGGCGUACUACCAGCAGUCCUUCCGCUUCCACCCGGACCGCAACGCGGGCAGCGCGGCCGCCGCCGAGCGCUUCGCCACCGUCAGUGAGGCCUACCGCGUGCUGGGCAGCGCCGCGCUGCGCCGCAAGUACGACCUCGGCGCCCUCAGCCGCGAGGACUUGCGCGACGCUCCCCGGCCCUCGGGCCGCGCUCCCGCCGCGCCGCCCCCUACCCGCGCUGCCGCCGCCCGCAGAGGCCCCGCACCGCCGCCCUUCGACUUCGACGCCUUCUAUCGCGCGCACUACGGCGAGCAGCUGGAGCGGGAGCGGGUGCUGCGGGCGCGUCGGGAACGGCUGCGGCUCUACCGGGAGGAGGCCGCGGCUCAGGGCAGGCUGCGGUUCCUAACGGACCUCACGGUUGGGCUGGUCUUCGUGCUUGGCUUCGCGAUGCUCUAUGGCCUCAAGUAGUGACAUGUCGGCACGUUGCUGACAGUCCUCGGGCAGUGCGGAACCCGUGCAGGGGCUCAGCGUCACUUCUGAAGCCAUGCGUGCCCGCAGUGUGGUGAUGUGUUACCGCAUGGCCCCGCACCACCGCUGCCAUGUGCCCCAUUUGCCAGCAGAGCCCACGCGAGGCGCCCGGCAGGGGCGUGGACUCUGUUUUGUGGCCUCUGACAUCUCCACUGGCACUGCGCUGUGAGCCCAGUGGGAACCACAUCUCUGUUUUGCUGAGCCACGGUAGAGAUUAAAUAAUUGCCCGCAGUGUCUGUGUGCUGCAUGUGUUCCUGGAGAUGCUCACGCUGAUGUUAAUUAAUGUCUCCCUGUGGGUUCCAUUAAUCCCAAGCUUGCUGCCUUUGUGCUGUCACACUUAGUACAUUUUUGGAGCGCUGGUCUCCAUCCUGCACCGUGACCCUGUGUGUCUCUGCUCAGGGCGUGCCUCACACUGUGCUGAGCACAGAGCUCUCGGUUUCAGCAGCCUGAAAGAAUGGAACGUGGGCCUCUGGCUGCCUGUGUUCCAGUCAGUGUGUGCCAUCACCUGGAGGUGCUGCCCCAGGCACCUCGCUGUGCAGAGCAGCCUGCCUUGGCGAGGGCUUGCUAGGAGCUUUGCACAAGACUGUCUUGUACAGCCAUUGUGGCUGGGAGCAGUACACUUUUGUCAGUGGCAUUAUUUAUGUUAGACAUGUCUCUAAGCACCUUUUGCACACAGGAGUAUUUGCCUAAUUAAGUACUGAAGUGAUCGAGGAACUGAAGAUGGUCUCUAAGAGUGCCUGUCCUUCCUUGGGUGAAGGUUUCGCCUGUGCUACGUGGUACUGUUGGCAGAGAAUGAAGCUUGCUGGAACACUUGCAAUACCUGGAGCGCCAAGGAUGACGUCUGCGGUACUUUGCACUGUGUUUGCUGGGCUGGACUGUACCAAAGCCACGCCCUCCCUUCACUGCUGUGACACAGGGUUGUGAUUUCUCCCAGUACAAACAAAAGCAAACACCUUGUGUGUUUCAGCGAUGGAGUUCUGCGAUGCUGAGCUGAGCCCAAGGCAGCGGCAGGGCAGAGUGCAAUGUGUACUGGUAGAUGGUACAUGCUGCUACAGGAGAGUCUCCUGUCUCUUCUGGAAAGAACUGUAGCACUUUGAACUGCAGAGGCUGCUGUGUGUUUGGGCAAAUUCAGCGCAGGAGAAGAGAGGCCUUUCCAGGAUCCUCUGUUGUUGUUGUUGUUGGGAUUAUAGUCCUGAAAUGUUGGUAUGCAGGGGGAGUCUGGCAUUCAAUGGCACUGAUUAUAGAGUGGGAGUGUCUAGAGCUGUGGCUCUGUGCCAGCACACCCAUGUACUUUUGUGCUGUAAGCCAUGUCCCUUACUGCCCCCAGAGGCGGCUUCCCAGGAAGAGCUUGGCCAGCAGCAUUCUCUCACGGGCUGGAAGAGCUCUGUGAGAGCCAUGGGAAGCAGCAGGUACUAUACAGGAGCAUCUCUUUAGUUCCGGUAUUAUGAUUUGCCAGUUUUUAAGGCUGUCCUGCCAAACACAAGUUGUCUUUUGGGUUGAUCUCAUACUUUGUAUGUGGUGCUCUGUAUGGCUUGGGCUUCCAGGCAGGGAGUGGGUCGGGUGUCGUGCAGGAUGGAGCAGGAGGAGCUGAGCACUGCUCCUGGCACUGCUCUGGUCCCUGGCACUGGGACAGGGAAGUACUCCUGUGAGACGUUUGGCUCUCCUGAUCUGUGCCUGGUGCUUGUGCCUGAAAUCAAGGCACUAAAGCUGAGCUUAUCAAUGUGCCUUACCAUGGUGGUGAGGGCAGUUCAUAUUGCUGGUUGUUCCUGUUCUUCGGAUCUCCGUGACACAUCCUGAGCAUUAAAAUUAUCCAUCCUUAAACUA